CAACAGCAGCAGCAGCAGCAGCAGCAGCAGCAGCAGCAGCAACGAAAGCAGCAACAGGAGAAGAACAAGAGGACAAGCCGGCGAGCGGCACGACUCGGUGGUGGUGCAGGAGGUGCAGGUGGCGCGGCAAGAGGAAGAGGCGGAAGCGCUGGUGGAUCGCAAAGACGGCGGACGCGCGGUCGCGCCGUUACAACCGCCGUUACCGUUGCCGCCGUUGCCGUUGCUGCUGUCGCCGCGGGAACUCCUCGAGACGGCGGCGGCGAGCGUCGUCGUCGUCGUGGUCGUUGCAGCGACCACCAGCAGAGCCGCGACUGCCGCCGCGGCCAACGUCAACGGUCGAGACACGCUGGUCCAGGGGAACUUCUAAGGGCCCCGCCAACCCGGACCUCAGCUCAGGCAGGCACCUGGGCGAUCGGUCCGGGAUACGCACGAGCGGGGCUGACACCAUCGUACAGGGAUACCCCGGUGAGCGGUCGCUCGCCGACAGAACGGCAGGCUGGAGGUGGAGGGUCGGAGGAGGAGGAGGAGGAGGAGGGUGGUGGGGGAACGGGCGAGUUAUCAUCGCGGUGCGAAGACGAGCGUUGCCGCCGCGGCGGCGGCGGCGACGACGACGACGGGGAGCAACGCGCGCGUGUCCCUACCGAGACGUCCGGAGCGUCGACGACCACGUCGAGGCACCAUCAGCAGCCGUCCACCGAGUCGUCGACGUGUGUCGCUGCGCGCUGCGAGCUUCCGACCAGCUGGAAGUGGUGGUGGUGGAGGAGGAGGAGAAGGAGGAGAAGGUGGUGGUGGUGGCGACGGCGGCGGCGGACUUGGCGGCGCGAACUGUCCAACGACGACGACGGAGGGAUCCUCGCUCGACGGGGUCCUCGGUGGACGGUGUCUCCGAGAUAUCUCCGAGGGAGACGCUUCCACACACAGACGAGGCGGCGGAGCCACCUGAUCGACAGCGAGCUCGCGCGACGCUGCAACGUUCGUCGUCGUCGUCAUCGGGUCAUCUCGGCUACGCCGCAGCAGCAGGUAGCGGUAACAGCGGCGGCGACUGCGACUGCGACUGCGAGCGCGGUAGCUCGGCCUCGCGGAACCUCUCGGACGGAGGAGUCGAGUGUCAGCGGGGAACGCGCGUGCCGACAGGCGAGUGCCAGUCUCGGUGGCAGCGAUGCGGCUCCACCUGCAGCGACCCGACGCCCGCGACCGCAAUACGGAUCAUUCACGCGAGUCCACCGCGAGUCCGCGUCAUUCUUAUUAUCAUCAUCAUUGUCGUCGUCGAGCGAGCGCGGCACCGAGGAGAAGGAGAAGGAGGAGAAGGACGCGUCAGAGGAUACGCCAAGACCAGCCGAGGCGGCGAGUGGCCGACGUACGUCGCUGCUCGGCGCGACCUGCAAAGUGCGUCGGCGAGGAGCGCGACGACGGCGACGACGGCGACGACGACGACGACGACGACAGGACGUCGGGGACGUUAGCGUCUCCGAUCAUCCGCUCGCGCCCAUGCGGCUCGAUCCGCUCGGACUCACGGGACCACCUACGUCGACUAACGAGUGGAGGCCGAGUGCGAAGGAGGAGGGGGAGAAGAAGGAGGAGGAGGGACAGCAACAGCGGCAUCAGCAGCAGCAACAGCAGCAACAGCAACAGCAGCAACAGCAGCAGCAGCAGCAGCAGCAAGUGCAGCCGUGUUCGUCGUUGUCGCCGUUGUUGUCGUUGUCGUCAUCGUCGCCAACGACGACGACGACAGCUUCGCUCGUUGAACGUCGCGCGUUGUUCGUCCGCGCGUCGCACCGACCCAGAUCGUUCGGGUCGAUUCGCGAUCGCGAUUUCGUCGACGGUGACAUAUCCGCGCGAAAACAUCAUGACGAGCACCAAGGCCGCCACGAGCCCGAAGAAGAAGCGGGAACUGCCACUGCCUUUCGCGUCUCUCGCGAUUCCAUCGCUUCGCGCGGUACGGUGGUGCACGCGCGCACGCGCCACCGCCACGAGGAUCACGAGGACGAGGAUGUUAACGACGGCGACGCCGUGCUUGCUUACACUGCCUAGCAACGACAGAGACGACGACGACGACGACGACGACGACGACGACGACGACGACGACGCGAUGACAACGAUGACGAUGACGACGACGACGCCGACGACGACGACGACGACGACGACGAUGACAACGACAAUGACGACAACGAUGACGACGACGACGACGACGACGACGACGAAAACGACGACGACGAGGUCGACGUCGACGAGGGACGAGCGCGUUGUCGACAAAGGAUGCACCGAGAGGCCUACGAGGAGCACGACGGGAAGAAGCGUGGCGAGGACAGCGCGCGUGUCAGUGUUAUUACGGGUGUAUGCUCGGGUGGAGGUCCGCGCGACGAGUACGAACACGAGGACGCGCCCGGGCGCGCGUCUCGCGAGGACUACAUCCGCGCCGAGGUGGUGGGCGCGAUCGGUCGCGUCGGUGUAUCGAACAGUGCUCGCGAGGCAUCGUCAUCCUCAUCGUUUGCCGAGAGGAAGCGUGCUAGUCGCGAGCGGCCGACAGUGGACGAGCAGUUCCACGGGCGAGAACGGAGAGGAAGGAGCAGUGCGGCUGGAGAGAAGAAUAGCGGGAGGAGACGUAGCGAAAACACUGCCUGGUUUCAAAAGUUAUUUACUAAGAGGAGAGAAGCAAGGAAAACAAGAGGAAGAGGAAGAGGAAGAGAAGAAGGCUGCGGAUCGGGGAGCCACGAGGACGUCGGAGUCGACAAGCCGCGUACACGCAGAAGCUACUACAGGCUACUCCUCUUCGUGCUGUACCUUCUGGCGUGGCCCUUGCUGUGCUCGACCAGUGCCUCGGGUCACCUCGCCUCGACCUACGCGCAGAACCCGACCCUCGUGCACGCGAAAAACCCCGCGCAGCGUAACGCCACGCCGUCGUACACCAACUUGUUCUCGUCGUCAACGGUCAUCGUGCAUCAACACCAGCAACCGCAACAUUACGUUCAGGGUAGCAAUACCGACGACAGCGAGCAUCAUCGUCAUCACCAGAAGCAAAAGCAGCAGCAGCAGCAGCAGCAGCAGCAGCAGCAGCAACAGCAGCGACAAGAGCCAGAACAAAAAUCACAGCAACGGCGACAGCAACAGGAAAGGAAGGAGAAGCGGGAGCAGACGGAUCAGGAAGAGUCCGAGAGUUCGCACCCCUACAAGGAAUACAGCUGGGAGGUGAACCAGGUGAAUCCUUGGCUGUCGGCCUGCGACCUGGCGGGACCAGCGCCGGCCGAUCUUCAGGGUAGCUGCGGUCCACCGGAGGUGCCGAAGAACUGCCCGAUGCCGUGCGCCACGACGUCGCGGGACGUUUUCCACGAGAUGAUGAUCAAUGCUUCGAGAAUCGCCGGCGACGCGAGCACGACCAAGUCGGCGACGGCGCCGUCGACGGCGACAACGAAGACGAAGACGAAGACGACGACGACGACGAGGACGACGACGAAGAUGCCGACGACGAGGAGGACAACGACGACGACGACGACAAGGACAAAAUCGAGGACGGGGGUCGGGGACGCCGAGAACGGCGGUAGCGGCGAUCGACGUGGAGCGAAUACCGAGGAGGCGGGCGUACGGACGGCCCCGGAACAGUGCCUUUUUUAUCUCGAGGAGUCGCACAAGAGGGACAUCUGUCGGGACGAUUUCGGCCGGGCCAGUACGCAAAGUUUUUUAACCCCAAGGGAGAAUCGAUAUUGGUUCAUGAGCGGGUUGCGUCUGCGGCAUUGCUGCGAGCACGCGGUGGUCAACGCCCUGGCGCCCGGCAAGGACGGCCCGCUCAACGACGUGCUAAACGGCGGCCUCAAGUGCGCCGAUGCCCUGGACAAGCUGUUGCUCGUCGAUGCCCUGGCCGCGAGGCUGCAUUGCGAGUUCGAGGAGGUACUGGCGCGCUACGAUUGCGCCCAGCCGUACUCCGUCAUCCACAACUGCACCCAUUGCAAGGAGGCGUAUAGAAAAUGGGUGUGCAGCUCCCUGGUGCCUUACUUUGCUCACGGGGGACCGAUGGACGCGAAUAGCCUGGGUAGCAGCUGGACCAGCACCAGAUUAAGGCCCUGCCGAUCCUUCUGCCAGUCCGUGGAGCAACGUUGUCCAUACUUACUUCCGGGCGAUCGUGCCCCCGCGUACCCCACGCAAUACGCCGGCGAACCCACCUUUCUUUGCAGAGACCCGAACAUCCCCGAGACCGGCGAGCAGGCCGCGAGGGCGUUGCACAGCAGCGAUGACGACGAGUGCUGCUUCCACGUGUGCUCCGAGGACGCGCCAGGAUCGGGUAUCUGCGCCAACUGUACAGAACCGUGGAGACACGGCAGGGUCCACGAUCCCUCGACGGCGCCCCAAUGCGAGACCAACCCUCCUCAGGCUGGUUUUACAGGUCAAGAGUACCCGGGCUCGCAGGCGGGCCAACCGGAAGUGACUACGGAUCGCGGAAUGGUCGACGACGAUCAGGACACCGACGGCGCUUCCUCGUCCACCACCAUCACCCCGGCAUCAUCGACGACCGUCAGCAGCCAGCAGGACACGUCGUUCUGCGGCAGCGGCCGCAUCGGCUCGAUAUCGAGCGCGUCCUCUCUCGGCCGAUCGACCCCGUCGGUCGUCCUUCAGCUCCUCUGGCUCUGCUCGAUGAUCCUGAUCUCCUUGUCCGGCAACGGAGCACUACACAACAACAACAACCUUGCGUUCUGGAGUCCCUUCGCUCUGUUCCGGGUGAUCAGCAGCACCUUCUGCCUGCUCCUGAGAGCGCGCCUUGGCCUCGACGGUAGUCUUCGCCUCGCUUUCUUCGGAUCACGCGCAGCCAAGUUCGCCGUAGUGCGGAGCCUCCUGUUUGUCCUCGGGAUGCCGAGGAGAGCGGUGAUGAAAUGCCGUCGCCGUGGGUGGUGGUGGUGGAGGUCCUGGAGAAGAUCCAGCAGCCGACACUUUCGCUGGAAAUCCCGAGCGAAGGAGAAGGAACAUGGUCCUCGAGUCCUCCGUCAAUUUGGAGGUCGAGCUCGGGGUCGCGCGCACCUCGAGCACGAGGAGACGCCGAGGUCCACCAUCGCGAUAUCUCGCGGGGUCUCGAGGACGAUCGCGAGGAGUCGCCGGUGGGAAAGAUGGAGGUUGUGGAGGUCGCGGGGCGGCAGUUCCGACGGCCGUCGUCGCCGACGGAAAGCGCCAUCGCGCGCAGCUCGUUGCGCGCGACUCCCGACCGCCGCCGCCGCCGCCGCCGCCGCCGCCGUCGCCGCCGUCGCCGCCGCCGCCGUCGCCGCCGCCGUUGCCGCCGCCACCGAGAAGAGGACUCCCGACGUCGCGUUCUGGCGAUCCGUCCUGGUCGGCGCGUCCAUCUCGAUUCUCAGCUCGUACCCGAAGCUCGCAGCGUGUUCGCGUCGGUUUCGCGACUGGUGGUGCUGGUGGCUAUGGCGUUGGUGGCGGAAGUGCCGGGAUACAUGGCGGCCGCGGGGCAUGUCGGUGCCUUCGCGGAGGGAGGAUCGUACGGCGAUUCGCGGAACACGACGGCGACGGCGAGGAAGAAGAAGGAGCAGAGGGAGAAGAAGAAGAAGAAAAACGAGCAGCGGGUGGAGGAAAAGGGCUUACUCCAGGACACUCGAGAUGGACGCGUGUUCCGCCAAGUCGACGUCGAGGAAGGACCCGCCAUAGAAUGGCUUGCCUCGCUUUCCUGAAUACGCAGGAUCGUACGGGUUUUUUUCUAUCGCGGUAACCGCGAGCUUUCACUCGCAGUGCCGACACUCGAGGAGCAUACAUACACACACACACACACACACACACACACAUACACACAGGGUCGAUGAUCGUCGCGGGGCACGAGGACGUCGAGGGGCCCGCCGUCGAUACGACGGGAACGACGUGGCUCUCUCGCGAGCGAAAACGCGAGGUCCGGGCACUGAAAGUACGGGUACGCGCAGGAUGUCCCCAGGGAGAAUGUCGGCGGACAGAGAACACCAUCGUGCCGCAUGAAGGGCGACGCCGACGGCGAGAGGAAAAGCAGAGGAAACGAGACGGGGCCGACGAAGGAGGAUGCGAAAUGCGUGCGGAACGGAGGGAGGAGGCGCGCUCGGCGAUCUGCGUCCGCGACUCGAGCAAUUUCGGGCAGGUUGGAGCAAACGAACGGGGAUAAGGGAGAAAACAAACGAAUGACAAAAACAGCAAAAUACAUGAAUCGUCAGAACAACCGAGGACGAAGGAAACGUAAUGUCUAGCGUUAAUAAUAAUGAUAAUAAUACAAUAA